AUGGGAAACGAUUCUGUCUCGUCCUCCUCUGUAUACCUCAUCUACGCUGUUGUAUACGCAUGCGGAGCUGCGUUCCUCGUACCUGGUCUCUUGGGUCUGCGUCGCUUCACGCGGAGCUGGCGUCAAGACCCCACGGCCGUGCGUCUCUAUGGGUUACUGGCUCUUGGAGCUUCGCUUCGAGCGGCGGCCUUUAUCCUCGUGGCUGUGUGGAUGUUUGCUCUGUGUCAGUUGCAGGCCUCUGGAUCGCUGGAUCGAGAUGCAUCUCAAGUGCAUCUGUCAUAUCUUCGCCUAAUGUUCCUGUGGCAGGUCCUGGGCGCCACGGCAUCACUAGUGCUGGCCGGCGUCUUCUUGCUGGUCCUGAACACGUGGGCAUCGAUGGUGGACAAAGUGCAAGGGAAGAGCUCUACUCAUAGCUCCCGGAAGCAGUGUCGGGCAACGGACGCUCUGCUGCAGAAUCUUCAUACUCGAGGAGCCCCUGAUGUCAAAGAGAGGAGAGACAGUGGCGCGUCUGCGGCUCCCGAGCCGUUGUUGAAGCCGCUUCCACCGCCCAGACUUCUCUUCAUGAGGAUAAUGCUCGCUGUGUAUUUGCUGCAAAUAGGCACGUUGCUAGUUGCUCGACGAGAGCCGAGAAACCGGACUCGACGCAGUCUGUUGGCCACCGCCACGGUCUUGCUAGUGUGUUGCUGGAUUGCCUGUGUCAUAUUGCUACCGACGUAUGGCGAGAAAAUGUGUGUGCUACUGGACAAAGUAGCUGAAGACGCGAGGCAUCGCAAGCGAAACAUUCGGCGUAUUGCGUUCACCGCCGCGUUGUUUUGCCUCAUGCAAACGGUGCCAUUGCUGCUACUUGCAGCGUCGCAAUGUACAUUGCCUUCGGAUAAGUCACCAAAAUUGAAUGUAGCGAAGACAUUGCACCCGGAUAUGGAUAGACACGUGACGCUGGAUGACGUGGUUCAGGCCAACCCGGCGUUCUUUUUCCUGUUGGGUCCAGCAGCGGGCAGAAUGACACACGUCGAUUAUCGUGUACUUCGCUGGAUUGUGGAGACUGAAGUAUUGAAAUUUCCGCUUGAAGUGGUUACGCUCAUGGCGUUGUUGUGCGUGCUGCCCUCACGCCCGUCUUCCGCUACAUCACAUGGCUACCAACCGAUUUCGGGAAAACGAAAGUGGCAGCCAUGA